UUCCGGGCUGCGGUAGGGCCCGCCAGGCGGAGGAGGUUGUCAGGCGGCAGGAGCCGCUCUUGCGUUAAAUCGCGAGCGUGGGAACGUGGGGUGCAAAACGGGUCCGUUUCAUCCCGGCUCGCUUGCGGCGUCAUGGCUCAAAGGGCCUUCCCGAAUCCUUAUGCCGAUUAUAACAAAUCCCUGGCCGAGAGCUACUUUGAUUCUGCUGGGAGGCUGAUGCCCGAGUUCUCACAACGCUUGACCAAUAAGAUUCGAGAGCUGCUUCAGCAGAUGGAGAGAGGCCUAAAGUCAGCAGACCCUCGAGAUGGGACUGCUUACACUGGCUGGGCAGGUAUUGCUGUGCUUUACUUACAUCUGUAUGAUGUUUUCGGGGACCCUGCCUACCUGCAGAUGGCACAUGGCUACGUAAAGCAAAGUCUGAACUGUUUGUCCAAGCGUUCCAUCACCUUUCUCUGUGGGGAUGCAGGCCCACUGGCAGUGGCUGCUGUGCUGUAUCACAAGAUGAACAAUGAGAAGCAGGCAGAAGAUUGCAUCACACGGCUAAUUCACCUAAAUAAGAUUGAUCCACAUGCUCCAAGUGAAAUGCUCUAUGGUCGAAUGGGGUACAUCUAUGCUCUUCUUUUUGUCAAUAAGAACUUUGGAGAGGAGAAGAUUCCUCGAAGCCAUAUUCAGCAGAUUUGUGAAACAGUUUUAACCUCUGGAGAAAACCUAGCUAGGAAGAGAAACUUUACAGGAAAGACUCCACUGAUGUAUGAAUGGUACCAGGAAUAUUAUGUGGGGGCUGCUCAUGGCCUGGCAGGAAUUUAUUACUACCUAAUGCAGCCCAGCCUUCAAGUGAGCCAAGGGAAGUUGCAUAAUUUGGUCAAACCCAGCGUGGACUACGUCUGCCAGCUGAAAUUUCCUUCUGGCAAUUACCCUCCAUGUGUGGGUGAUAAUCGAGAUCUGCUUGUCCACUGGUGCCAUGGUGCCCCUGGGGUAAUCUACAUGCUCAUCCAGGCCUACAAGGUGUUCAAAGAGGAGCAGUAUCUCUGUGAUGCCUAUCAGUGUGCUGAUGUGAUCUGGCAGUACGGGUUGUUGAAGAAGGGAUAUGGGCUGUGCCACGGUGCUGCAGGGAAUGCCUAUGCCUUCCUGACGCUGUACAACCUGACACAAGACAUGAAGUGUCUGUACAGGGCCUGUAAGUUUGCUGAAUGGUGCUUAGAUUAUGGAGAACAUGGAUGCAGAACACCGGAUACUCCUUUCUCCCUCUUUGAAGGAAUGGCUGGAACAAUAUAUUUCUUGGCUGACCUGUUAGUCCCCACGAAAGCCAAGUUCCCUGCCUUUGAACUCUAAAAAGAAAGCAUGCCCCCUGCAACUUCAGCAUGAUCCUUUCCGUGUAUUCAAAGCUGGCUGUGUGCUUCCAUGCUUUUCAAGGAAACAGAAUCAAAGGUGUACUUGGUUGAUAUGUUUUUCAAAAUUUGUCUUUCGUUUAGUUCCUUGUUUUCGUAUUUAUAUUUAUUUAAAAGUAUCUGAAGCAGUCCUUUAAGUUCUGUUUCUUCCUAAAAAGAGGAUAUGCAGUAUUUUGAGGUCAUAGACAUAUAUUUCAGAACUUGGAGAAAAUUAUAGUUAAGUUUAUAAAUGUAACCAUCUGUAAUGGUUCCAAAUGUUUGUAAAAGAAACUAUAGAUAAACAAAGAUAAAUAUAUGACCAUUGUUGAAUAUUGCCCUCCACCUCUCCUGUUUAAUACUUUUCCUUCAACAAGGAGGGCAGACAACUUACAUAACUUACUUUCUCUAAGUGGCUGAUUAUGAAAGGGGACAAAAUUAUAACUGUAUGCUUUCAAAAGAAUAAUUUCACAAGUUACAAACUCUACUAGGAACCUAAAUAACAUUUUUGAAAUUUUUCAUGCCUAUUUGGACUAGAACUACAUGUACUUUUGAGUUUGCCUAUUUUUGUCUGUAAGGCUCUGUAAGCCAAUGUUUCUAUCAAAAAAUUCUAAAAUUUGAGUCAUUGUAAAAAUUCUUAUUUGAAAGUUCAAGAUAACCUAACAAUUACAGUUUAUUGCUUUCUCUAAAAUAACUAGUAUAUUUUGGAACUAUUUAUCUACAUUUGUUUGUAUUGUAUGGUCCUGAUACUCAUAUAAGAUAAGGAAGUAAAUUUUGUGUGUGAAUAUGCUGCGAACUAGAAUUCUAGUCCACUCUGUUCGAUUGACCGUCUAAAUUUCCUCUUGUGUUUAAUUUACUUUGUAAUAUGACUAUGCUUUAAUCCUGGUUAUUUGGUACAAGCCAUAAAAUAGUUUCUCUCAUAUCAGUUUAUCUAAAUAUUAGCCUUUUUACGAAAUAGUACAGCAGUAGAAAUUUGUUUUAAAAUGAGAGGCAGAAAAGGUAAUGCCAUAUAACCAAUCAAUAACUUGCAUACAAACACUAAACUUCUGGUAAAAAUGCUGUUCAUUUAAGAAGUAAAAUCUAGAAUUCAUGCUUAGAACAAAUUAAUCUUUGCACAUCCUCAGCUUAACAAUUCAAUUUCUGAGACCAAAGAGUUGGGUUUUAUUUGGUGAAUGAAGACUCCCUGGUGCUUCAAAUUCUGCCUGCAUGUUUUGACUCAUCAGCUCCUCUUCCUUCCAUUGCUGCUUUCCCAAGCCUAUUUUGUCUCUUUUUGAUUGAUUUUGGAAUAUUUUGCAGCUUAAAAAACAAAAACAAAAACAAAACAAAACAAAAAAAAAAAACAGGGCCUAAGAAUUUUAAAUGUGCCUAUUUCAAGGGUCUCUUGGUCACAAAAACAUGCUAUUUUUAUUGGAACUUCAAAACAAAUCUCCACUGAGUAUAUACUAGUGUAUAUGGGGAUCCUUCCUCUAUUACUUUCCAGUUAGCACCAAAAUAUCUAAUAUUAUUGGAAAUUGUCUAACCCAUUAGAGACUACUGACAGUAGAAUCCAAAAAGCAGCCCACUACUCAGUUGUUAGGAUUAACAUACUCCUUCUAGUCUCCUCUCUGAUUUCUAAAGGGCUACAGAAAGCUGAGUGUAAGCUGUGCCUUCUUGUGAAAGUUCUGGAUCAACACUGUCCGCGUUUACAGUCAUUAGUAAAAAUAGUGCAUGGCUAAGUUACUUUGCCUUUGGCUGGGCAACCAACUUUAAAGAGUAAAGCUCAGUUGGUUCAGUUAAGUGUCUUGCCAUACUGUGCCUGCACUUUUAGCUACCAUAGUUACUAAGGGGAAAAGAACAAGACACACUUUUCUGUGCUUCAUAGAUUUGAUUACAGUGGUUCUCCAAGCAACCUAAUUAGUUCAACUCCAAGGAAGAUUUCAAAGCAGGGAAAAGAACAUUUGAAAUAAGAUUCUUAUUACUCAUUAAUCAACACAAAAACACAAACACAACUCAAGUUCCUUUCAUUUCCUUUUUUUAUUUUUUAGCUUCUUAAGACUUUUUAAACUGUCAGGAUUUUGUAUUUGUGCCAUUGUUUUUGUUAUUUAUGCUCAACGGCUAAGAAAGUUUUGGUAGGAUUUUAAACUCAGGCAGAAACUACAAAGACUAGUACUUUAACAUUGUGGUACUGAUUGAAAGAGACUUUCACAGUGGCUUUCUUAGUUUUAAGGGGAAAAAUCAUCAUGGCUAUAGUUCCAUUUUUAGCACAUUUCUACUCAGAUAUUUUUCUUCUUGAUAGAAGGAAACUUUCUACAAAAGCCCAAUACUUUCAUCUCUUAUCUCCAUGCAAACACUAGGUAAUAAACCCUUCAAAGCUUGUCCAGCAGUGUUCAUUUAUCCUGUUGUAUGUUUCUGUUCAUGUAGUAAUGCGAGAUUGCAGUAGUUAACUUUUGAUCAUCUAACAACUGUUAACAUUAUCACCACCAUUUCCAUGGAUCCUGUUGGGCUUUAGAGCUGAGUUGUCAGUCUUUAAUCCUUAGAGCCAUUUGUCCCCUUUUCAUCUUUGAUGUCAGUCCAGUUAUUUGGCAUCAAAAGUCUUCAUGGUAGGUAUGGUUUUAAGUAAAAGUGGAUCUAAGGCCAUUUUCUGUCUGUAUUACCACUCCCCUAAAGAAUUCAAUUAAAAGAUAUACUCUGCUUCUGCAUCCUUGAGUUAACUUGGGUCUAAUCUUAUGAUGCUCUGCCUUCUACCAGCUGAUUUUGAAAUACAAAGAUUAAGCAUUCAUGUAAAUAUUUCUUUAGUUAUUAGAAUUCAUCUGUUGUUCUUUAUUGGGCAGUCUGAUUUCUGAUUCAUUCUGCUUCCUCUAAGCAGGUCAGAACACCCCAUCCCUGUAUUUUCUGUAGUGUUGAGCUGUAGAAGACUGUUUCUCUCCUAUAGGUAAAAACAACAUGUUUGGGAUAUUCAGGGAAUCCACCCCAGUGUUAUAUUGUCAUUUAUUGGAAGGGGCUGGGAUCAUAAGUAUUUCUAAGUUCUGUAAAGGAUUUGACUGGUUCUCAAUAAAACUUUAUUAGGAUUA